GGGGCCAGGCGGGGCGUCCCGGCGCGCGCGCGCGAGAGCCAGCGAGCGAGCCCGGGCCCCCAGGUACGCGGACAAGAUGGCGGCGGCAGCGGUCGACAGCGCGAUGGAGGUGGUGCCCGCACUGCCCGAGGAGGCCUCGCCCGAGCCGGCGGGCCUCAGCUGCCUCGUCAACCUUCCGGGCGAGGUGCUGGAGUACAUCCUGUGCAGCGGCUCGCUGUCGGCUGCCGAUAUCGGCCGCGUGUCCAGCACCUGCCGGCGGCUGCGCGAGCUGUGCCAGAGCAGCGGGAAGGUGUGGAAGGAGCAGUUCCGGGUGAGGUGGCCCUCCCUCAUGAAACACUACAGCCCCACCGACUACGUCAACUGGCUGGAGGAGUAUAAAGUUCGGCAGAAAGCUGGGCUCGAAGCCCGGAAGAUCGUAGCCUCCUUCUCCAAGAGGUUCUUUUCCGAGCACGUCCCUUGCAAUGGUUUUAGUGACAUUGAGAAUCUUGAGGGACCAGAGAUAUUUUUUGAGGAUGAACUGGUGUGUAUCUUAAAUAUGGAAGGAAGGAAAGCUUUGACCUGGAAAUAUUAUGCGAAAAAAAUCCUUUACUACCUACGACAACAGAAAAUUUUAAAUAAUCUGAAGGCUUUUCUGCAGCAGCCUGAUGACUAUGAAUCGUAUCUGGAAGGUGCUGUGUAUAUUGACCAGUACUGCAACCCUCUCUCUGACAUCAGCCUCAAGGACAUCCAGGCCCAGAUUGACGGCAUUGUGGAACUUGUUUGUAAGACCCUGCGGGGCAUAAAUGGGCGCCACCCCAGUUUGUCCUUCAAGGCAGGUGAAUCUUCCAUGAUAAUGGAAAUAGAGCUCCAGAGCCAGGUGCUGGAUGCCAUGAACUAUGUCCUUUAUGACCAAUUAAAGUUCAAGGGGAAUCGAAUGGAUUACUAUAAUGCCCUAAACUUAUAUAUGCAUCAGGUUUUGAUCCGCAGAACAGGAAUCCCAAUCAGCAUGUCUCUGCUUUAUUUGACAAUUGCCCGUCAGCUGGGGGUCCCACUGGAGCCAGUCAACUUCCCAAGUCACUUCUUGUUAAGGUGGUGCCAAGGUGCAGAAGGGGCAGCCCUGGACAUCUUUGACUACAUCUACAUAGAUGCUUUCGGGAAAGGCAAGCAGCUGACAGUGAAGGAGUGCGAGUACCUGGUCGGCCAGCAUGUGACUGCGGCUCUGUACGGAGUGGUCAACGUAAAGAAGGUGUUGCAGCGCAUGGUGGGGAACCUGUUGAGCCUGGGGAAGCGGGAAGGCAUAGACCAGUCAUACCAGCUCCUGCGAGACUCCUUGGAUCUGUAUCUGGCGAUGUACCCAGACCAGGUGCAGCUUCUCCUCCUUCAAGCCAGGCUUUACUUCCACCUGGGAAUCUGGCCAGAGAAGUCUUUCUGUCUUGUCUUGAAGGUGCUUGACAUCCUCCAGCACAUCCAAACCCUAGACCCCGGGCAACAUGGGGCGGUGGGCUAUCUGGUGCAGCACACAUUAGAGCACAUUGAGCGCAAGAAGGAGGAGGUGGGCGUGGAGGUGAAGCUCCGCUCCCACGAGAAGCACAGAGAUGUCUGCUACUCCAUUGGGCUCAUUAUGAAGCAUAAGAGGUAUGGCUAUAACUGUGUCAUCUAUGGGUGGGACCCCACCUGCAUGAUGGGACACGAAUGGAUUCGAAACAUGAACGUCCACAGCCUGCCUCAUGGCCACCAUCAGCCUUUCUAUAAUGUUCUGGUGGAGGAUGGCUCUUGUAGAUACGCAGCCCAAGAAAACUUGGAGUAUAAUGUGGAACCACAAGAAAUCUCGCACCCCGAUGUUGGACGCUAUUUCUCAGAGUUUACUGGCACUCACUACAUCCCCAACGCAGAGCUAGAAAUCCGAUAUCCAGAGGAUCUGGAGUCUGUCUAUGAGACGGUGCAGAAUAUUUACAGUGCAAAGAAAGAGAACGUAGAGUAAAGCUUAGUAGAGGACAUUGCACCUUUGCUGCUGCUGCUAUCUCCCAAGUUCACAGCAUUCCGGAGAUGACUCCUGGAUCCCUCCGGAUUCACACCACCAGGAAAGCCACUUAACCAGUAGUGCUGGUUGCCUCCUACUAAGUUUAAAUAGUGUGCUCUCCUCCAGCUGCAAAGACAAUGUUGCUCUCCGCCUACACUAGUGAAUUCAUUUGAAAGGCACUGUGUUCAGUGGCAUGGCUUGUGUGCUUGUCCUGUGGUGACAGUUUCUGACAUUCUGUCUUCAUGCCGUCUCACAGUUGACACCCUUAGAAUCAUUCUUUCUUCACUUUCCAUUCUGUCUGUCCACACGUGUCACAGAGCGUGUUUUCAUUUGCUGAGCAGAUGGCGUUACGUGUGCGGUUGUUUCUGACUUCUCGAGGAAGCGCGUGCAAUCCAAAGUCAGGAUUCUUUGUCUUUUUUUUUUUUUUUACCCUGAAUUCAGUUCCAGAGAUGAAGCUGUGAGCAGUCUUAGCAGCAUCUUGGAGAUGGAAACAUUAACAAACUAAUGGUAAUCAGAAUCCAUUCAGUUAAUUUUUUUUCUGACAGCUGAAGCAACUUUCUGGCACUUAGCUUUUUAUUUGAGUUGGGAGAAGGAUACAGUUAUCCUUUCAUAUUCCUCUCUUAGAAUACCUCUACAAGUCCUUAAUUUUCUGUUCUGUUAGGUGAAAUGAUUUGAGAACAUGCCUAAUAACGAUACUUGUGAAUGAACUCACCCUGUCCGUCUACUAGUCCUCCCUUUAACUAUUUUUUUUAAUCUGUUCCAGUAUCAUAAGUAGACAUUAAAUCAGUGAUGGGUUGUCUUCAUGGUGAGAAGUAAUCUAAUACUAAAACAUGUAUGUACAGAAACCACACACCAUGGUCUCCAAAGACCUAAAAAGGACUUUUUGUAACUAGAUUAAAAAAUAAUGAACCCUAAGUAAGGUUUCAUUCACAUACACACACUUGCGCGUGCACACGUACACACCGUCAUUCCUUAGAGUCAUUUCAUGCGCUUUUUGAAUGUAGCAAGGCAGAGAUAAAAUGUCUUUAAUUCUAAGAGUGUUGGGCCAGUGGGAGAGGAGACCUGAGUGGUCUGCCCUCUUCGGCGACCACUGCCUCAGUAGCUCUCGGAUGAGGCCUGCCCUCCAGGCCCAUGUCCAGAGACUGCGGGCUGUGUCCCAGGUCCCUCAGAGCGUAUACACCAAGUGUUGAUGCAGCUCUGGAACUCGCACCAUACUCCACGCGCUAGUCUCAUGUGAGCUAAUCGUGUAGUUAACCAGUAGAUGCUAACUUCUGGAGUUAGGACCUAGUUACUUUACUCCGAGUUUAACAAAACCAGUCGCUCUAGUGAAUGAGGCAUCAAGGGGGCUGUGACCGGACCCCCUUGCCGCCUGUAUGUUCAUUUGCAUGCAGUAUUCCCACUCCAUGUUUGAUGGCUGCCUCUCCUUUGCCUUUUGGAGACCCUCGGGUCACCAAGGUUUGGGGAAGCCACCUGAGCUCACUUCAUUUAGCAAAGGGUAGCGAUUAAGCGGUUCAGAGAGAGAUGGUGGGCCAGCCGGCUCCUUCUAACCUGAAUAUCUGUCAUCCCGUGUCCAUGUCCCUUUGUUGGUCAAGUUCAAGGUCCAAUAAUGCAGACCUGCAUUUGAAAUUGUGACCACUCAUAACACCCAGCCUGACGGGCUGGGGUUUCACACUACUCUCAUUUAGAGGUGAAAGUUAGAUGAUAUGGAGUAAAUAUUAAUGAGAUGCAUUGCGAAGAGACUGUGGAGCAUGCUGAGAGUUAUAACUGUUGGUUUCCUGUCAUGAUUUCCUUUUUUCUUAGAAUAACAUCAAAGCCAAGAAAGACGGUUUUCCCUUUACUGACCUGAUGUAAAUAUGUACCUAGGCUGUUUCUAAGUGUGUUUCUUCAUGAAUGCUUCGUCUGGCUCCUGGAAAGCCUGUGUCACCUGUGUAAGUUGGUAUUUGGGCACUUUAUAUUUUUCUAUAAACGUGUUUUGGAUCCUGUACUCUAAUAAAUCAUAAGUUUCUUUUUAAAAAUUUUUUCCAAAAGUUUUCUCCAUUUUGAAAAGCCCUGUUAUAAAAGUAGAACUUUCACAAUGUUAAAAUACAAGAUAUCUGGAUUCUUUUCUCUUCGAAUGAAUGCCAAGAUUUCUUUUGUACAAUGAUUAAUAAAAGGAACUUGUCCAGAGAAACCA